AUGGAUGAAACAGGAGAUUACUUAAACCCAGAACCAGAUGCAAUAUUUCCUACUGACUGUUCGCAAUCAAAUGAAACAUUUACACGACUUCAGUUACUUUAUUCUCAGCGCAUCAUUGCAUGGCCAAACUUUUCGGAAUGCUUACCACAUUGUGAAAUGUGUCAAGUACUUGUGUCUGAUUCAACAUACAUCGUCUAUAAUUUGGUGCUUAUUGGUUUCAUCCUCCCAUUAAUCGGUUUCUUCGGUCUACUUGGUAACGGGAUAAGUGCUUUCAUCUAUUGUCGACCAGAAAUGCGUUCAUCAACUAAUAUAUAUCUGUGCGCGCUUGGAUGUAGCGACUGUGGAGUAAUAUGUACAGCAAUAUUUUUAUUCUGUUUUGAUAUUAUCAGGCGUUACUCGUUGCACAUAUCCUUAAUAUUUGGAACGUUUUCACCAAUCGUAUAUCCAGCCGGUAUGAUCGCCCAAACAUGCUCUGUUUAUUUCACCCUAAUGGCUGCUGCUGAUUGUUUCGUUCAAGUAUGUUUAACGGAUAAUUGUCGAAAAGUUGUCUCUCGAGAGUUUUUCGUCAAAUGUAUGGUGCUGUUUAUUGUGAUAUUCAGUGUUCUGUACAAUGUGCCACAUUGUCUUGAAACAGUUGUUUUAGAGUGUUGGCAUACUCGUUUCGAAAGUCGUUCACUUGAAGUUUGCCCUGACCUAUUCAGGUUUCUACCGAGUUAUAAGCUCAUUUAUUACAAAUACAUGUACUCGAUAUUUCUCGCCGUAGGCCCUCUCAUUGUAUUAGUAAUUCUAACUUUAUACAUUAUUGGCGUAUCAGUUAUUCUCCAGAAAGGUGGCAGUGGUUCCGGUGAUACCAUUGCUUUGAUAUUAGUGGUACUAUUAUUUAUUGCUUGCAAUGUAGCAGCACUCUUAUUAAACGUUUUCGAAGUUCGUCUUGGUGAAAUGCUGGGACCUUAUAUCAACUACGUUGUGGACGCAUCCAAUGUCCUUGUUGUCUUCAAUUCGUCAUGCAACUUUAUCAUUUACGUAACAUUUUCACUAGCAUUCCGUCGUACUCUCAGACGAUGUAUUUUCAAAACACAUACAAAAUUAACCGUUCAAACGAAAACAAAACCCUUUAAAGCAACCGCAAAAAAAAUAAGAACGAUAGCCACCAAAACUACUCCGGCAACAAUUAGAAAUAUAAAUUCACGUGCCAGUAAGCACGGCAGUAGUAGUAAAAGCAAUAACGAUAGUAGUAAUGGUACUAUUACCAAAAGUAAUUCAACACUUCUUAUCACAAACGGAAAUACGACUAAUUACAAUCAGCAAUAUUAUCGAUAUUACCAGCACCUUAGCUGUGAUUAUCGAAGACAUCAGCGCCUUGAACAUGUUGAGCAAUCAACUAGAAAAGAAACCAUCAACCAUGCUCCGAAAGCAGCCCUACUAGAAAUACUUGUAUAG